GCGCCGCCGCCGGCCGCCGCCCCUCACUGCCGCACCCUGCUCCACUGUACGUACACGCAUAUACUACGUGGACUGUCACAUACUACUGCUGUACAAGAGUGAACCAUCCGUGUCAGUCAGUCAGUCAGUCGUCUACAUCGAUACAAGCUGUGUACUGCGUGUCGGACUACCGCCGGGAGCUUGUUGUAACGUUUGCAAGAACUAAGGGCUCGCACACAGGCAGUAUGUCGGCGCCAGAGCCGGGCGAGGGGCCGCUGCUGCCCGGGUUCUACGCGGGCCGCGCCGUGCUCAUCACGGGGGGCACCGGCUUCCUCGGGAAGGUACUGAUCGAGCGCCUGCUGUAUACAUGCCCUGAGGUGGGGGAGGUGCAUCUGUUGCUGCGGGACAAGCGCGGACAGCCGCCGCGGGUGCGGCUCAACCAGCUCAAGCAGUCGCAGGCGUUCGACAAUGUCCGCGCGCAGUGCCCGGGCCAGCUGGACAAGCUGCGCGUGGUGUGCGGGGACGUCGCGCAGCCGCGCCUCGGGCUGGACGACGCCGCGCUGCAGCAGCUCAGGGAGGUGUCGGUGGUGUUCCACAGCGCGGCCACGGUGAAGUUCUGGGAGAGCCUGGAGACGGCGCUGCACCAGAACGUCACCUCCGUGGUGGCGCUCAUGGACCUCUGCGACCAGCUGCCCAAACUCGAGGCGCUGGUGCACGUGUCGACGGCGUACAGCAACGCGGAGCGGCGCCACAUCGAGGAGCGCGUGUACGAGGCGCCCGCGCAGCUGGCCGGCCUGCGCGCCAUGCUGGACGCGCUGCCGCCCUCGCUGCUCGACGACCUCACCGCCAGGUACAUCGCGCCCAAGCCGAACACGUACGUGUUCUCGAAGGCGGUGGCCGAGGCGACCAUCGCGCAGCGCCCGCGCAAGCACUACGCCACCGCCAUCGUCCGGCCUUCCAUAGUGGUAUCAUCCCACCGGCACCCGUUCCCCGGGUGGAUCGAGAACCUGGCGGGCCCCAGCGGCGUGGUGGUGGGCUGCGGCAAGGGGCUGGUGCACGCCUUCAACCUGGACCUGGCGGCGCGCGCCGACCUCAUCCCCGUCGACAUCACCAUCGACACCAUGCUGGCCGUGGCCUGGGAGAUCGCCACCGACAAGAGCGGGGAGGUGCGCGUGUACAACUCGUGCUCGCAGCAGAACCCGAUCACGUGGCGCGCGUUCCGCGACCGCGUCGUGCGCAACGUGCGCGCGCACCCCUUCGACCACCUCAUGUACUACCCCUUCACCUUCGGCAUCAAGAACAGGUACGUGUACAAGACCCUGGAGCUGGUGCUGCAGACCGUCCCGCUGCACGUGGCCGACUACCUCGCGCGGCUCUGCGGGGUCAAACUGCAACUGAGCCUGGUGACGGUGAGCGAGCGGCUGCAGGCGAUGAACCGCGUGCUGGCGUUCUUCGCGACGCGCGAGUGGUACUUCAGCACGCGCAACGUGCACGCGCUGCGGCGCCGCCUCACGCGCGCCGACAGAGACAUCUACAACCUCGACGUCUGCUCCGUCGACUGGGACGAGCACGUGCGCGACUUCGUGAAGGGCACGCGCAAGUUCCUGCUCAAGGAGAAGGACGACAACAUCCCGCGCGCCAGGAGGUUCGUCGAGAGACUGCGGCGCGUGCACCAGUUCGUGCUGCUGGUGCUGUCGGUGCUGGUGUACCGGUUCCUCACGCUGCUGCUGCCGCGGUUCCUGUUCCGGAGCGCGCCCGCACUCGCCGGGCUCGCCGCGCCGCACUGACGACACCGCGGCCUGCGGAGACCAAACUAAAUACAAUACGUGUAGUAGUGGACUUUCAUCAACAUAUUUGACUAAAAUCCAGCUAAGUACUUGUGGUACCACUAGUGUUGGUGUCCAUGUGCGGUACUGAUUGCUUACCAUCAGAUCAAUUAGACUCAAAAUAAGCAUUCAGUCUAGUUACCAUCACCUUGUAUCACGGCUGAUCCUUGCCGUUUAAUAUUAUAAAAAUAUGUUGAUGAUUGGUCACACUGAGUAAGCUACCUACCAACUAAUAUUUGAUUUAAUUAUGAAGAUAAUUAUUAGACCGUGAGUGAGACUCACCAACUCGGUAACUAAGUAAGUAGGUAAAUAUGUUAAUGUGAGUUUGUAAAUAAUGUUCUAAUGUAAUGUACUUAUGUAAGAUAAUGGGAUUCAAUAAAUACUGUAUUGUAAG